AUGAAAAAUCAGAAACUGAAGAAAAUACUAGGCGCGUCAGGUGUGGCUCUUGUUUUCUUUGUAGCAGCAUGCAGAGGCAGCUGCAAUGGUUUCAGCGGGAGCAUGUAUGGCAGUGCACCGUAUGUAGGAGGAAAUGGAGCAGAAAAUGCAAUGGCAGGCCAGUACAGCCAAACUGAACAGUAUGCAGCAGAACAAAAUGCAUAUGCAAAUGAAUACAGUAUGAUAUAUAGCAUGCCUGGCAUGCCAAUGGGCCAAAAUGCAUACGCAGAUAGCAACAACAACCUAGACCUUUCUUCUGCUGUUCAAGCUUCUAUAGACAGUUUAGCAUACGGACAGUAUACUGGGCAGGGCUGUAGCACUGCGAAUGAAGCAGGGUACCAGUCUAUGCAAAUGUACCCAUUUAUGCCAGAUUUAAGCACAUUCAGGUAUCCAUUUGCUCCGGUGUAUAAUGCACCCAGCACAUCAAGAGAGGAGGCCAGUGUGAGUGGCGCAGGGUUCUUUCCCAUGCACCCAUGCAUGUACAGCUCAGUGCAGGAUGAGUAUAGCCCUUUUGUAGAGCUGCAGAGGAUGGGUGAAGAGCACAGACAAGAUGACUCAUACACAGCACAGCCUAGUGUAAGCAUGCACACAUUGGAUAAAGCAGGGAGCAUGGCUGCUUACUCUGGGAAUGAGAAUGCAAUAGAAAGUGAAAUGAGAGAUCCAACCCUUGACUUUAUUGAGCUGGAUACAAAUAGCUCUGCGUGUAUCUGGAACUGCGGGAUAGAGUCUCAUAAGUCUAUAGAUGGCAUGCUAGAUGCUUAUCUUAAAUCUCCACAGCACAGCGGGCAGAUCAGCACAGGCGAAGAUCCAUCCGGUGAAGAAAAGGGUAAUAGUGCAAUGGCUCUAGGAAAAAGAAAGAACAAUAAAGCAGAUGAGCCAAAGACAUACCCCAAAUACCGGUCUUUGCGCGCGAGCAAAAGAAAAAAGAAGGAAGCACUAAGAGAAGUGCCUAGCACUGUCUAUCAGCAGAAAGAAUCCAGAGACACAGGAGAGAAUGGAGAAGAGUCGCUUCCAAAGGAGCAGCCACAUAGACGAAAGAGAAAGAUAAACGAAAGAAAGAAAAUGGAAACUCUUCAAGUAAGUCUGUGGAACGACACAAGGCUGACAAAUAAAAGGAGAACGAACUACAAGACAAGACACCAGACAGUGUACAAGUAUAAAUACAGCGACGAAAAUGCUUUUAUGGCGCAAGAAAUAAAGCAGAAACUGUACCAGGAGAACAUCAGAAAAGGCUUAGAAAACUUUUCCAAGAAGGUUACUUCCCUAGUAAAAAAGAAUCCGCUGCUGUACUUUAUUUCCAGCAGAACCACAACCAUAGCCACAAAGCACAAAGACCUUCUGUGGAUAAGAGAGCUGCUUAAAGAGGAGGAAGACAAUGUGUAUAGAAAAAUGUUUGUGGGCCUGGAAGGAUACUAUCCCGGCGUGGUUGAUGAUGCGCUAGAGUACCUGGAAAAGCAUAGGCCACUGAGAGUUAUCUACAGCUUCCCUCCAACCGUGUGGAAAGAAACGCUAGGAGAUGUUUAUAUGCGAAAAGCCCCAGAGAUCAACUAUAGCAUGGUAGUAGAUCAGAGCAAGGUCGACCAGAUACACAGAAGAUACUCUGCAGUGGCCUGUGCCCUGCGCAUGAUUCUAGCGCUGCCUGAGAUAUGCCAAGACUUCUAUAGGAUCAGUGCAGCAUUUAUACAAGAUACUACAAUCUCUGCAGAGCCAGAUAUAAAUGAAAAAAGUGUCCAAGUUCUUCUGUCCAUACACACACUGAUAAAUGAAGCAGAAGAGGAUAGUACAAAAAUAGAAAAAGAGCAUGAAAAUAUCCACAUUGCUCUUGAGAGUCUGCACAAGAGGAACAUAUGGGAAGAGCCAACAGCCUCUGAGCUGUACAAAAAACUAUACACAGUUCUUGCAGACUUCUACGAGAAAGUGAGGGUUUUUAAUGACGAUGAGUACAUCUUGGUAGGGAAGUGUGCUAUAAAACACCAGAGGUACGUUAAGUGCGAGGCCUUCUUAAGGCAAACGGCAGAAAAUCCUUCUAAAUGGAUCUACAACUCUCUAUACUCAUAUGAAGCGAACAAAUGGAGCACUUCGCCUGAUGUGAAAUCGCAUUACCACGUGCACUACGUGGACAAUGCAUUGGGCCAGCCGAAAAGGCUGUGCAUGCCCAUAUACAAAAAAGACAGCAGCGAUGAAGAGCACUAUCUGCACGCAAUUAGCUAUAUAGUGAAGCAUAUAAAGAUUCUACAUAGAAUAGAGGACAGCUCAGACGUUGUACAUCCUUUCAAGGUGGACAGACAGAGUAAAAAGUGGUCGUACAUCAAAGAGGAGGAGAGAGACCAGACGGUAAAAGAUUUUGUGGGGUACGAGGUCGUGUUUUAUCGUAUUGAGAAGAAUCAAAAGAAAAACUUUACGUUUGCAGUGUUCACGCCCUUAUAUGCCUACGAUGACAAUGUUAUUCCCAUACCGCUCUUUCUCACGCCCUUCAUGCAGUCUGCAGUAGACCUGGGACCAUUUUUCAGGAAAGAGCAGCACAAAGAGCUAGACUCGAUAGAGCUUGAAAACCAGAGGCCUGAUGUGUACAUUUUUGAUGAGGAGUACACAGCCAAAGAAUUCUCAAACAUACAUGCGUACUACAGCAAUCUGUACAUACUGUCAGACACAGAAAAGGUGGAUACCCUCGACUGCUACGUCAUGGACUGCCAAGUGACUCCGCAAAUACAUGGCAAAUCUAGGAUUACAUGGUAUGUGGACACGAUGGACAAUCCAAGCGCGUACACACACUUUCUGCCAAACAAGAGCUUCAAGAAAAAAGAAAACUCAAAAAAGCUUCGCAGUUUUAUCGAUGUGGUAGAGUCCAGGGAGCACAACAAGGACAGCAAUAUACAGUGCAUUUGGCUGAGAGGCAGCAGCGCAGAAGAUACGCCAUCAAAAGAGAAGGCGCAGAAAAUAUGCAUCUGGCAGAUAAACAUUGCCGAGGAGAGCUAUGGAAACAGUCUGAACGAAGACACGGCGAUGGAGAAAAUAAAAAAAGAAGAAGAAAAGUUCAGGAAAGCAGAAGAAAGACAAACAAAGCUGAGGAUAAUAAGAAAAAAAAAUAGAACAGAAAAGAUAAAGGCCGAAACCAACACAACUAAUAUGGCAAAAAGCAGGGCACAAAUCAGAAAAAAGGCUUUGAGCAGGAAAAUAUGCGAGAAGAUGUCUGAAAAGCCAGACGAGCACGUAGAGCUCAUGGCGUUCCGCUAUGUGAACGAAAGCAAGUCUGAUUUGGGCGCGCACAAUGAAAUCCUUGAUGUUCUGAUUACGUGGUAUAACAGAUAA